CAGAGACGUCGGGAAAGGAUCGCGCGCGCGUGGGAAAAAGCGGCCGGGCGUGCGCUAGUUUUGGCGCGCGGCGUCCGACGCGCUUUAUAAAAUCCAACGCCCUCCCACCGCUCUGUGCCUUGCCACCGCUCUCUCCCCGCUCUGUGCCUCGCCACCGCUCUCUCCCCGCUCUUUUUCGCCUCGCCGCCGCCGCACCACCAUGCCGCCGCGUUGCCGGGAAACUUGGGGAUACCACGGCGUCCGCGCGCGCCCCUCCGGCGACUUCUCCGCCGAGAUCUGGUUUCACGGGAUGCGCCCCGGCCUCGGCAAUUUCGACACCGCCAACAAGGCCGCCCGCGCGUACGACGCGCCGGUGUGGCGCCUCCGGUGGCCUCAUAGAACAUUGAACUUCCCCAACAUGCCGACGCGGGAGCGGGCGCAGGAGCUCGCGCCUCUGCCGCGGCUUAGCACCGACGAGGAUCGUCGCGACAACCGGAGGCGGGAGCACCGUCUCGGCAUCGCUGAGAUGGACGAGGAAGCCAUGGCGUUGUGGCGCCAACACUUCCCGCAGGACAUCAUCAACGAGCGCGAGUUCUACACGCAAAGGAGGGCGGAGAGGGAUAAGACGAGGGCGGAGCGAGCCGCCUAUCGCGAGGACAAGCGUAGGCGAAAAGCGGACGCUCAAUUCAACAUGAGGCUAGGAGCAGCGUUGCCCUGGGAAUCCGACGACGAUAGGUAUCUUCACGCCUACAGUCAGACGUCGGAGGAGGACAUCACCGAGGAGGAGUCGGACAAGGAGGAGUAG